AAAAUUAAGAGAAACAAACAGAAAGAUACACUUUUACUAAGAUUUGUUACCAUUUUAUUUUAAAACUCUACAUUGUUUUAUUUAGGUGUUUUAUUGUGAAAGGUGACCCGGAUGUUAUAAAUCGUAUCCCGGUUUGAUGAACUUCCGUUACUCUGUUAGCAUUUCGCUGUUGCACAAGGACUUUGCAGCUUUCAGUGACUUUAAAGGACAAACAGACACGAAACGACUAAAUACAUUUCUACAAGUUGUAACCGGAAGUUAACUACGUCAUUUCCGGUUGCGGUUCCGUAUGACGUAACUUGUUUUGGGGUUUAAAAACGCAGCAGAUGAUCAGCAGAGUCUUCAGCGCAUCAGCUGCAGUGCGAUGGCGAGCGGCUCAGACCAGACUCUCCUGCAGCGCUCCAACAGGUGAGGAAAAGCCCCGCCCCUCCAUGCUGCGACACCUGACCUCCAAAAUAAAAGCCACAGGUCCGAUCACGGUGGCGGAGUACAUGAGAGAGGCGCUCACCAACCCGGUGACGGGUUAUUAUGUGAGGAACGACAUGCUGGGACCCGACGGAGAUUUCAUCACAUCGCCAGAAAUCAGCCAGAUCUUUGGAGAGCUGCUCGGCGUCUGGACCCUCAGCGAGUGGAUGGCAGCCGGUCGCCCCAAACGGCUGCAGCUGGUGGAGCUCGGACCCGGAAAAGGAUCUUUAGCCGGGGACGUCCUCAGAGUGUUCAGUCAGUUGCGGUCCGUGGUGGGCGGAGCCUCGGUGUCGCUUCACCUGGUCGAGGUGAGUCCGGUGCUGAGUCGUCUUCAGGCCCAGAAUCUGACCGGCAGCCGCAACCGGGAGGCGGACGGCGAGGACCAGCUGGUGUACCGCCGCGGGGAAACCGCCGCCGGGGUCCCGGUGUCCUGGUACCGCCGCCUGGAGGACGUCCCCUCAGGUCUGGAUCAGCUACGCCAAGUACGAGCUGUCCAUCAACAGCUCCGAGCGGCUGCAGAAGUGCCGGCAGAUCUUGGAGGAGGCCAACAAGGGCAUGAGGAACUGCGAGGAGAAGGAGGAGCGGCUGAUGCUGCUGGAGUCCUGGAGGGACUUUGAGAGGGAGUUCGGGUCCGAGAGCUCGAUGGAGAGGGUGAGGAAGCUGCUGCCGGACAAGGUGAAGAAGAGGAGGAAGCUGACGGCCGAGGACGGGUCGGACGCCGGCUGGGAGGAGUACUACGACUACAUCUUCCCAGAGGACGCCGCCAACCAGCCCAACCUCAAGCUGCUGGCCAUGGCCAAGAUGUGGAAGAGGCAGCAGAUGGUGGACGAGGACGGCGACGAGGACGGAGGAAACGAGGACAGAGGAGACGAGGACGGAGGAAACGAGGGCGAAGAAAACGGCGACGGGGGCGAGAAAAGUCCCGAGGAGGCCGAAGAGACGGACGAACCCGCCGCCGCUCCUGAGAACCGGCCGGAGAGAAACGCCGAGGAAACGGAGACGACGGGCGCCGAUCGGGACGACGAAGGCAGCAGCAGUGACAGUGAUGAUGGAGGGAAGAAAAAGGAGGAGGAGAAGGAGAGCAAGAGUGGAGAGGAAGAUAAAGAGUAGCUCUCCGCUCUGGAUCCAUUUUUCUACCCAUCUGUUCCUGUUUUCUUUUCUUUUUUACAAAAAGCAGCCGAUGAGUGUUUAUUGUACGACGUGUUUUCUGCAUUAUACAAACAUCAAUUUUUCAUAAUAAAACGUGAGAAUGUACAGGAAAUGAAACCGUGAUUGAUCCUCUUUGGGACCAACAGCUGGUCUGUCACAGCGUGACUAUGUACAACGUGAAUAGCCCGUGAUAUUAAAUAUGAUAAUAACGUUAUGAGGGUGCAGGGAGCCACGGCGACCGCUACUCGAUGUCCUCCGGUCUGACGGGGUGCGGCAGCGGGACGAUGGACUUCUUCUCCGUGUCUCUGGACAAAGCUUUCCUCAUGUCUGCAACCAGGAGACAACAAGGUCAGGGUUCCUUCUGGAGCAACAGCGCCCCCUUAUGGUGAAACAAGAGGCUUUAUAUUUACACUUAUGGGUCAGUUCAUCUAAAUACAUUUGAUUUAGUUUUCUUUCAUUUGUCCAUGUUUUGAGAUAUUUCUUCUGAAACUUUAAAUUCAAAGCUUUGAAAAUAAAAACGGGUCCUUUUGCAGAAGGAUUUAUUUAAUGUA